AUGUCCCUCCGCGCCGUUCUCCAGAAAAUCCUCUUCACCGUCCUGAUACCUCUAUCCAUCUCCUCGGCGCUUUGGCUAUAUUUGUAUCCUGUGCUCCAAGGAUGCGCAUUUCCACUACCGGUCGUCACCAAAGUCAAUGAUGGCACACGCGAAGGAUCUUGGUUGUCGAAUAGCGUUAUAAACACCCUAUAUCAGCAUGCGGCCGAUUGGAACUUGACCUCUAACGGAGGCGAGGGGAUAUCGAUAGAACCUGCUAUAUUCCGUCUCCUUGUUCUAGCCGAUCCACAGAUUGAAGGCGAUAGCUCCCUUCCCUCACCAGAGGAUGAAUUCAUCCCGCGAUUACGUCGACAUUGGGCGAAUGUUCAAUCUGCCCUGUCUACACCAGACGCUACUGCGAUUCUCAAAGAUGCGGUUCGAACAAUUCUUGUGGAGGAUAUACCAUCUGCUUUCCGCGCGGCUCGGAAACGUCUCGACCUACUAGGAAACGAUUAUUACUUGGCGCAUAUCUAUAGGACGCUAUCACGGUGGAGUCGACCGACACACGUCACUGUGCUAGGAGACUUGAUUGGGAGUCAAUGGGUAACGGAUGAAGAGUUUGAGAAUCGCGGAUGGCGGUUUUGGAACCGCGUGUUUCGGGGUGGGCAGAGGGUUGAUGAUGAUAUAAGGGCUACUGGGGGGAAGCCUCAUGGAGAGGGUAGUCAGCAGGAAGAACUGGAGAUUUUGCAACGAUAUAAUUCUUCCUGGGCCAAUAGGAUCAUCAACGUUGCUGGAAACCAUGAUAUCGGAUACGCAGGCGACGUUUCAGAAGCACGACUAGAGCGAUUCGAGCGAGUAUUUGGUCCCGCGAACUGGGACGUCAGAUUUGCGCAUCCCCCUCUGGAAGAUGAGAGUGAUGCGCGACCUACUCUCCACAUCAUUAACUUGAAUGACCUGACUCUCGACGGACCCCCAUUGGACCCAUCGAUCCAAUCCGACAGCUACACAUACGUCAACGACCUUCUGACUCAUCGCUCUUACCCCGUCGAAGACCAGACUUCUUUUACCCUGCUACUGACACAUGUCCCCCUCCACAAGCGGGAUGGUAUCUGCGUUGAUGGACCAUAUUUCACCUUCUUCGACGAAGAUGAUACGCCCGAUAAUGAUGAUCCGGUGCGAUGGAGGAAAGACGGACUUCGGGAGCAGAACCAUUUGAGUGAACAUGUCAGCUCAAAUGCGAUUUUGCAGGGGAUAUUUGGAAUGAGUGGAGAGACAUCUGCGCCGGUCGCAGGUAUGGGCAGACGGGGAUUGAUUUUGACGGGACAUGAUCAUGAGGGUUGUGAUGUUGUGCAUUUCGUUAGGCGGGAUCAGCACGACACCCAGUCAUCAGAAUCAGAAGAAGAAAAUGAAGAAAGAAAACCGUGGCAAUGGGAUGCUAGACGGUACUCUCCAUCUUCUUCGGCUACCGAGUCUAACGAUCCCUCGAUUCGAGAAGUAACCCUCCGCUCAAUGAUGGGCGAAUACGCCGGCAACGCAGCCCUGCUAUCGCUCUGGUUCGACGCGAAUCCAGAGGUGAACCAGUGGCGGUAUGAGAUACAGAUGUGUCCUGCUGGAGUGCAGCAUAUCUGGUGGGUUGUUCAUGGAUUGGCGGUUGUGUGUGUGAUUGGGUUGGGUGUUGUGGUUGGGCUGAAGGGGUUGGAGGGACUUGGGAUUAUGGCUAAGCCUGUGAAGAGACAUGGUGCCAGUACAGAUGCGAAGAGACGUUAA